AUGCGAAAAUUAUGGCGUAAUCGCCUGGAGGUUGCAAAUUUCAGUCGGAUGAUCCGAAAACGAUGCCGAUUAUUUCCAGAGCCUGUUUAUAAGGGACCCCUGCAGCGUCUAUUAUUUAACAUAUGUACCCACAGUGUUACACGAGUCACCCUUGUGCAACUUCUUUUGGAUAUGUUGCUUCAUGAUGUAGAAGGUUCUGCUGGAAAUUCUGAUUCUGAUGGCAUGUCAUCAUAUCGAUUAUAUGGUUGUUUGGGACAUGUGAAUUAUUCUCGGCCACAGCUAUUAGAUGGAGUUCCACCUCUAGUAUCACGUCGUGUAUUGGGAACUUUAACGCAUUUGGCUCAGAACCAUCCGCUUGUUGCAAAACAUCUACUUUAUUUAGAAGAAAAUAAGAGUCUUAAACCCAACAGAGAUCAUGAUAUGGGUUGGGGUAAAGCAUUGAUGAUCGAUGAAGAAAAUCGAUUGGAAACUAUAAACGAGGUAGAUGUGACAACUCAAAAAGAAAUGGCUGCAUGUCUGGCACAAGGUUCAUUGGCUCGAGCAACUGGAAGCACAAACAUGAAUUCUCAGUCCAGUCGUUCACAUGCCAUCUUCACAAUCACCAUAGAGCAGAUGCGGAAAUGGGAUGCAGUUUUAACAAGAGAAAUAGGUUCAACAGAAGAUGGAGGAGAAGAUUUUUUAUGUGCAAAGCUUCACUUAGUAGAUCUUGCUGGAUCGGAGAGAGCUAAGAGGACUGGUGCUGAUGGUCUUCGUUUAAAAGAAGGUAUUCACAUUAACAAGGGACUGCUAGCACUUGGGAAUGUUAUCAGUGCACUUGGAGACGAAAAGAAGCGCAAAGAAGGAGUUCAUGUUCCUUAUAGAGACAGUAAACUGACUCGCCUCUUGCAGGAUUCUCUAGGGGGGAACAGCAGAACUGUGAUGAUAGCUUGCGUCAGUCCAGCAGAUAUAAAUGCAAAGGAAACUCUCAACACUCUUAAGUAUGCUAAUCGGGCUCGUAAUAUUCAGAAUAAGCCAAUUGUAAAUCGUGAUCCAAUGACCAAUGAAAUUCAACGAAUGCAUCAACAACUUGAAUAUUUGCAAUCUGAACUGCUUUGUGCUCGUGCUGGUGGAGGUGUUCCAUCUAAUGAAGCACAGGUAUUAAAGCAAAAGAUAUCAUGGCUCGAAGCUAGCAAUGUAGAACUGUACCGGGAACUUCAGGAGUGUCGUAAUAAAUCUUUGAUUCUAGCACAGCAUGCCAUGGAAGCUGAGGUUGAAAGAAGUAAAUUAAGUCUAAAACUCGAAUUAUUGCGCAAUGGAAAAUCAUGGAAAGAAAUAGAUGAUAUCAAUGAUGUCAAGGUCACAGAUUUGCCAAAAAGUUGCUUACCAAAGAUACACUAUUUAGAAACUGAAAUCCAGAAUUUGCAAUCAAUCGACUCUCUCGCAGUUGACUCUGCCUCUUUUGUUGGAUUAGAAAGUAACAGGUUGGUGUCAUCCGAUAGACAUUUCACAGAUGGUCCACAGCUCAUGGAAAUAGGGAGGAUGAUUUUAGGCCCGGGUGAAGAAUCCAGGGAAGUUGAAGAAGAAGUGGCAAAAGAGUGGGAACAUAAUUUGCUACAAGAUACAAUGGAUAAGGAGAAGCAGCGUUAA